AUGACGUCCCCUUUCAGGGUUGUUGAACAUAUCAUCCCCGGACAGCAUAUCCGGGAGCAUCCACAUGCCCUAAGAGGACGCCAGGAAACGGCUUUGAAGCUUGCGAUCAAGCAGUAUAUUCCGUGCGAUCAAACGGAGCCAAUUCUCGAGAAUGCAGUGACGAUUAUCGGAGCACAUGGAAAUGGAUUUCCCAAGACGGAUAGGAGGUAUAUGAGGGAGGACCUCUACGCCCAACUCAAGAAGCGAUCAAUUCCAGUGCGCGGCAUCUGGAUCGCGGAUGCCUCCAAUCAAGGCGCAAGUGGUGUUCUGAACGAACAUGUCCAGGGCGACAACACACCGUGGCAUGAUCAUUCCCGGGAUCUGUUGCAUAUGAUCAACCACUUCCGGGACGAUAUUGCUCGUCCAAUCAUUGGAGUCGCCCAUAGUAUGGGAUGCACACAGCUCAUCCAGCUAUCCAUGAUUCAUCCUCGUCUUUUCUCAACGCUCAUCCUCUACGAGCCCAUCAUCUUCGGGGACCAAUUCCAGGGACCAAACCCAGCCAUCACGGCAGUUCUCCGGCGCGAUAUAUGGCCCUCGCGAGAAAAGGCCGAAAUGCAGCUUCGGAGAGGCUUCGCCAAGUGGGAUCCCCGCGUCGUGGACUGCUACCUUCGCUUCGGUCUACGACCUGUGCCAACACGCCUCUACAAUCCCGAGAACGACCCCGAUAUUCCCCCGACUGCCGUCACGCUCACGACCAGCAAGCACCAAGAGGCCUGGACAUAUACCAUUCGCAACCUCGAACCCGAAUCAGCGGGGCUGAACGACCUCCUGCUUCCGGACUGGGAUCCGGUUCUUGAGCGCUCUGCUCCAUUCUCCCGUCCAGAAGCGUGGGCCGCUUUUCGGAAUUUGCCCUUUGUUCGACCGAGUGUAUUCUGGGUAUACGGUGGCCGGAGUUGGCUUGCUCCACCCGCGGCUCAAGAAUCCAUGGUACGAGCCACCGGCACGGGCAUUGGAGGAAGUGGAGGGGUUGCGAAGGGAAUGGUGGAUCGCACUGUUUCACCGAAAGCAACGCAUCUGGUGGUCUUUGAAGAAGUGGGCUGGUGUUCGGAGGUCGCGGCAGCCUGGCUAGAGAAGUGGUUUGCGCGAUAUCUGCGAGAGGAAGAGUUCUGGCGAACGUACCAGAGCAAAAAGUCGGACCCGGAGAUGCUCGGAAUUCAGAGAGCCAGUAUUCGCGUUGCUAAGGUGGUGGUAGGGCCCCAGGGGGAUGUCGCCAAGGCAAUGCUGUAA